UCAUAAGAACGAGUCGUUUAUGAUUCGGGCAUCACAAUCAGCGUCGUAUAACGGGAUCUGUGACUCGGCAGGGCGAUGGCUCGGACCCUACACCGAGACAAAAUAAAGCUGGACACGGAAAACCACUGCACUCCAUCGCACCGUGUUUAAUAAGCGCGUGACUGACAGCGAGCGCGCGGCCGGCGGUCCGGUGACGUCAGAGGAGCGGCUGUCCUCUCAUUGUCUGUAAAACCGCUCGUUUUCGUCACUUAUACCUGAUUUAAACGCGUCCACGUGACUUCUGUGUUCUCCGCGGUCGCGUGUUACAUUUAAAUGUAUAAUCUAAGAUCAAAUGCUGUUUGUUUGUGAUCUGACACGCUGUUUGUGUAUAAAUCAGAGGGGAGUCAGUCUGGUGCUACUGUAAGCUGUGAUCAGAAGAUACGUGCUUUAUAACGUGUUGUGUUUGCUCUGCAUGCUGUCAGAACUAGUAUGCUGCUUGAUAUAUGUUGACAGAGCUGCGGCUGGGGGUCAGAUUGAGUCCGGACACCCCAGCCAUCCCCCCGAGGGCCGUGGCUCUACUGGACCCAGAGGUCAGAAGGGGCCCAGGGGUUUCUAGGGGCCCACAGCAAUUUCCUAAUCGUGCUUUUAAGAAGGUCCUAGAAUUUCUAUCUCUGGCCAGGUUGUGGGCUGUCCAUGCCGGUGUCCUGCUGCGGGACCGUCCAUCACGGCUCCUCUCCGAGGAGGAUCAUCCAGAAGAACCCAGGAAUCAGGACUUGUUUGAGUCAGCCGUGCUCUUCUGUUGGACUGAGGAUGCUGCGGACUGCUCUCAGUCUGGAGCGAGACGAGGAGCAGGAGGACGAAGGAGAAGACCUGAGGGAUGGUGGGAUACCGUUCAUUAUUAACAGGGGGGGUCUGCCCAUAAACGAGGAGACCUGGGAGCAGAUGUGGCGGCACGUGGCCCGCAUCCACCCGGAUGGAGAAGCAGUGGCCAGGAGGAUACGGGGAACCAGCGACCUCCCCAAGAUACCAGUACCAAGUGUGCCUACAUUCCAGCCCAACAGCAGUAUUCCCCAGCGUCUGGAAGCCAUACAGAGAUACAUCAGGGACUUGCAAUACAAUCACACUGGAACACAGUUUUUUGAGAUCAAGAAGAUCAGGCCACUCACAGCACUGAUGGACAUUGCCAAGGAAAUGACAAGAGAAUCUCUACCAAUUAAAUGUUUGGAAGCCGUUAUCCUCGGAAUUUACCUCACCAACAGCAUGCCGACCGUCGAGCGGUUUCCUCUCAGCUUUAAAACGCAAUUCUCAGGGAGUCAUUUUCGUCACAUUGUGCUGGGUGUCCACAGCGGCGGUCGCUUUGGUGCUCUGGGCAUCAGUCGCCGCGAGGAUUUGAUGUACAAACCGCUGGAGUACAAAACACUCACAGACCUCCUUCAAGAGUUCCAGGUGGCUUAUCGGAGGUACUGGCACACACUGUGCAAGGUCAAGAUCGGUCAUUAUGUGUCACACGACCCACACAGUGUGGAGCAGAUUGAGUGGAAGCAUUCGGUGCUGGAUGUGGACAAGCUGUCCAAAGAAGAGCUGAGGAAAGAGUUGGAGAGACACACUCGGGAUAUGAGGUUGAAGAUUGGUAAAGCUGCUCCACCAUCACCGCCUAAAGACAGGAAGAAGGAUAUGGGAUCUCCUCUGAGGACCCCAUGCAGUCCGAUGCGCAAGAACAGCCAAAGCGACAGACGGUCAUCAGUGGAGAAGCGGGCCGGGCCGGCAGGGCCCGCGGCUGAUGUGAACGGAUACCAGAUCAGGGUCUGAGAGAAUGAAGAGACAAAGGCCGAAACAGCCGUGAGAGGAUGAAGAUGUGUGUUCACUUGAAGACGUAUCAUGCUACACAGAGAAUGUGUUCACUUAUAAGGGUAGACAUGAACACCUUCUCUAAUCAUUCAUUCAGUAGAAUAGCCACAUUAGGAACAAUGCAUCAUAUUUAUAUUCAUUUCAAUACUUUUCAUAUUUAAUCUGUAAAUACAAUGCAAGUUAACCUUUAACUCUACUAGAGGAUAGCCUGUAGUCCAUUUUUGGGGCCUUGGAUCAGUUUUUGGACUGCAAUGAUUUUCUGGCUCAGUGUUUUUGUCUUGUUUUCCGGUAUAGUCUUUACAUUUCUAAAUCAUUCAAGAUACUUUUUCUUUUGAAGCAAAACAACUUAAUUUUGAGUCUUGUUUUCUUUUGGGGGGGGG